UGGAUUGUAGAUUCAGGGGCUACUGAUCAUCUUACGAGUUCCUCAGAGUUAUUUAUGUCAUAUAAUCCGUGUGCUGGUAAUGAGAGGAUUCGAAUUGCAGACGGGUCUUUUGCCCCUGUUGCAGGAAAGGGCAAUAUCUCUCCAUUUCAUGGUUUAAUUCUACGUGAUACCUUACAUGUGCCUAAAAUAUCAUAUAAUCUGUUAUCUGUCAGUAAACUAACAAGAGAUUUGAGGUGUAAGGCGAUUUGUAGCAUCAAUUUGAAGGUAAGACACACAACCAAAAACCUUUAGAUGAGAAAGGUUUACCUGUUUAUCGCUCCAAACUUCUUCAGGCAACUUCAAGUCUAGAAAUAUGGUCGGACUCCUAUUGAUCAGAUAGGUUGUCGUGUUGAUUGCCUCUGGCCAGAACGUCUUAGGCAAUCCCGCAUGUAAUCUCAUGCUCUUAGCAUGUUCAUUCAAUGUCCUAUUUAUUCUUUCAACCACACUAUUCUGUUGUGGUGUCCCUGAAAUGGUCUUUACCAUCACAAUUCCAUUGUUUGCACAGUCUCUUUAAAUUCUCCAUCAACAUAUUCACCGCUGUUGUCUAACCUCAAGUUUUUAACUUUUAAACCUGUCUCAUUCUCAACCAUAGCCUUCAAAAUUUUGAAAACAUAAAAAGCUUCAGAUUUGUGUUUGAGAAAAUAAGUCCAUACCUUUCUGCUUGAGUCAUCAAUGAAGGUCACAUAAGAUUUAGAACCACUAAGAGAAGAUACUUCAGAAGGUCCCCACACAUCUGUAUGAACUAACUCCAACUUUGUUGGUUUUCAUGUAAUUCAUGUCUUUGAGAAACCAACAUGCUUCUGCUUCCCAAAUACAUCUCUUACACAACUUGUGUUCAACUACCUUUAAUCCUUGUAAUUUCCCUUCAGAGUGAAGAAUUUUCGUACUUUUUUUUACUCAUAUGCCCCAGUCUGGUGUGCCACAAAUCAGUCUGACUCGAAUUAUCAAUAAUGACCACCAUAUCCUUGUCACUAUUGUUGACAUAAAGAGUCCCUAACUUACUUCCUCGAGCAAUUACUAUAGCACCUUUAGUAGCCUUCAUGUUUCCUUUACCAAAGAACAUGUAGCAUCCUUCAUUGUCUAAUUGCCUAGUGGAAAUCAAAAUGUUCAUCAUAUUUCGAAUGUGACGUAGCUUGCAAAUUUUCCAAGUUUGAACCAUUUUCUAAUUUUAUAUUCACGUCAUUGAUCCCAAUGAUGUCCAAAGGCUCUCCAUCAACAAGAUACAUCUUUCCAUGAUUUCUUGCAAUAUAAUUUUUCAGAAUGUUACGUUGACUAGUAGUAUGAAAUGACGCACCUGAAUCCAGCAUCCAUGUAUCAUGAGUGCUCUCGACUGCCCAAGUCAGAGCAUCCUGAAUUUCAUUUGUAGCAAUAUUUGCACCAGCUUCAUUCUCCUUACUCCCCUUUAAAUCUUUACAGUUCUUUUUCAAGUGUCCAGUCUUACCACAGUUCCAACACUUAAACUUGCUGUUUAUGGACUUGCUCCUAUUGUUUUUCAAUUUGUCUCUGUUGCCAUGACGUUUGUUGUUACUCCUUCCUCUAUCCACAUUCAAUAUUGAACUAGAAGUGGAAACAACAUCUGAGUCUUUUCUGUGAUCUCUUCUGCGAGCGCAGGAUCACUAGCCUGUGAAAACUGCAAUUUCUCUUUUCCACAUGGAUUAGAAAGUGCGGCUUUCAUGGUUUUCCAACUAUUAAACAAUGAUCUCAACAACAAUAUUGCAUUUACUUCAUCAGAAAAUUAUAAUUCAACAGCAGCUAAUUUAUUUAUCGACAAAUCAAAUUCAUUUAAAUGGGUAGUGAUAGAUGUACCUUUAGCUAUUUUCAAAUUAAAGAAUUUGGUUGCGAGAUACACUUUAUUGUUUAUUGAAGGCUUUUCAUACAUAUUCGAUAGAGCUAUCAUCAUUCCUGUUGUGGCCGUCUCCUUGGCUACACUACUUUGCACAUUUUUUGUCAAAGUCAAGCGAAAGGUCCCCAACACCUUUCUGUCCAACUUCCAUUCAACUUCUCUCAUGCCAUCAGGUUUUCCUUCCAAUGGCAAAUCCAAUUCCUUGGAAUGCAAUUAGUCUAAAAUCUAACACUUCCAGAAAGAAAAAUCUGAUCCAUUAAAAAAAAUCAAUAUUUUUUUAUAUCUCUUUUUGACAUCGUUCUACAAUUCAAUCAACUCUGAUACCAUUUGAUAGGGACAAUAUAAAUUAUUCAACAAUCCCAAAUCAAAUUUGAGUUCCAAAUUAUGCGGAGAUGACACCCAGGGUUCCACUAAAAUAGUCAGAGAGAAUGGUAAAAGAGUUUACGACGCUCCAGAAUGAUUACUCUCACAUUUUCUCGGAAUAAAAUUGCUCCCGAAUCACUCUUAAAAAGCUCACAAAACUCUCAAAUGAAAGAAAAAAGCUCACGGUGAACGGCCCAAAAAAUACCUCAAAUCGACGAUAUGUCUUUUUCUUUGGCCUUGAACACACAGGCCCACAGAUGAAGCUUUCGGCAAUAACAGAGAACUCACGGCUCACUUGUGUUUUUGCUCCAUAUUUCCUUUCGUAUUUAUAAAUAUUUUCACUGCCCAAAGUCUUUCAUUCAUGAUAAACCAUCUCCAUGUUAGCCAACAAGAAACUUGCUUAUGGGUUAAGCAUGAAAACAAAUGGGCUUUUCUUAACAUUUGGCAACUAGUUGAUAUGUUAAUGAUAUUGUGAUUACUAGCAAUGAUGCAAUUAGACAUGCUCUCUCCUCUCUCCUCUCUCCUUUCCCAUCCCCUUCUAGCUCCGGCCUAUUCAACCCUCCGAUCAGCCUCCGACUAGCCUCCUUUUGUCCUCUUGCCUUCCUACACACCCGAUCUCCAUGGCCAAGAUAAACUCCCUCCCAACCUCCUUACCCAAGACCCUUAAUUCCACUUCCCCAGCUCUGCCGAAUAACUCUUCUUUGGAAGUUGUAAGCUGCAGGAUAAACGAAGUCCAUUUCUGUGCUCACCUACAAGAAGGAAAUUUCAUCAUAGAAGAUGUGGAAGACAAGAAGCAUAUAUCUUUAUCUGCAUCACAGCUCCUGUGGUUUGUGGAGAAUAUUUCUGCCCUCUUGAAACUCCCAACAUCCAGUUUCUUUGUCAAAGAUGGUCAAGACACUUAUGGAGUAACGAAGCUAUAAAAAAUUCGUGUUUCUUCAAGGUGGUUGAUAAGGUGUGUUGUUUGGCCUAUGACUGGAGGAAGACUCUUCAUUCAUGUUCCAUCAGAUUCAGUUCUUCAGUCCUUGAAAGAAGGAUGGCAAAAUACACCACCAAGCUGGGGAACAUCAAAUGACCCAUGUGGAGCUCCCUGGGAAGGAGUGAUUUGCAACAACUCAAGAGUAGUUGCAUUGAAAUUAUCAAGUAUGGGCCUAAAAGGUAAACUUGGUGGUGACAUUGGAGGCCUUACUGAACUGAGAUCAUUGGACCUUGCAGCCAAUCGAGACCUCAUUGGUUCGAUCUCUUCAGCUCUAGGGAACUUGUUCAAAUUAGAGACCUUGAUCCUUUCUACGUGUGGAUUUAGUGGCAAUAUUCCAGAAGAAUUGGGCAAUCUUACUGAGUUAACCUUCUUGUCUUUAUAUUCUAACAAUUUCACUGGUACCAUACCGGCAACUCUGGGAAAACUCUCCAAACUAUACUGGCUAGACCUGGCAGAUAAUCAGUUGACUGGUGCUCUCCCAGUUUCCACUUCUGGAUCUUCGGGUUUAGAUCUACUUUAUAAGGCUAAACAUUUUCAUUUCAGCAAAAAUCAGUUAUCAGGUACCAUUCCACCUGAACUUUUUAGCUCUGAGAUGGUAUUAUUACACAUAUUAUUUGAUGGAAAUAAUUUUUCUGGGAGUAUUCCACCAACAUUGGGAUUUGUUAAGACCCUCGAAGUUCUUCGGCUUGAUAGAAAUUUUUUAACAGGAAAUGUCCCAUCAACUCUAAGCAAUCUAAUACAUGUGAAUGAAUUGCAUUUAGCCAACAAUAAGCUAACAGGUCCACUACCAAACUUAACUCAAAUGAGUUCACUAAAUUACGUGGAUCUUAGUAACAACUCAUUUACCCCAUCAGUAGCUCCGGAAUGGUUCGCAAAUCAACAAUCUCUCACCACUCUUAUUGUUGAAUAUGGAUCGAUACGGGGAAAUCUGCCAGAAGGAGUCUUUAGCUUACCACAUAUACAACAAGUAAUACUGAAGAAUAAUGCAUUUAGUGGGACAUUAAAUAUGGGUGACAGCAUCAGCCAACGGUUGCAGCUAGUUGAUUUGCAAAAUAACAAUAUUUCUUCAGUUACCUCCUCGGGAUAUACUAACGGUUUGAUGCUGACAGGAAAUCCUGUCUGUGACGCUAAUGUCCUCUCAAAUACGAACUAUUGCCAGCUUCAACAGCAACAAGCAAAACCCUAUACUACCAGCCUUGUCAACUGUGGCAGUAAGUCAUGUCCUUCUGAUGAGAAGCUGAACCCGCAGAGUUGUGAAUGUGCCUAUCCAUAUGAAGGGACUUUGUACUUUAGAGGACCCUCUUUCCGGGAGCUAUCCAAUCUAACUCUGUUUCACUUGUUGGAAAUGAGCCUUUUGGAAAAAUUCAAUCGAAUGCCUUUUAUUGGAAACCCUUUCUUUAAUGCUGAUGAUUAUCUUCAGAUGCAGCUUGCAUUUUUUCCACCCAAUGACAAGUACUUCAGCAGGGAAGACAUUCAGAGGAUUGGUCAUGAUUUGCACAGUCAAAAUUACAAACCUCCCGACAAGUUUGGUCCAUAUUAUUUCUUUGCGGCUCCUUAUCCUUUUUCAGCCAACAAUGAGGGAUCAACUUCAACGAACACCGGAUUGGUAAUUGGAAUAGCUGUUGGCUGUGCUUUUCUUGUUCUAUGCCUCAUUGGAAUUGGAACAUAUGCAAUUCAACAAAAGAGACGUGCAGAAAAGGCCAAGCCAAACGCUUUCUGGGUGCCAAGUGGAAACGAUAGCGGAAGUGCACCACAAUUAAAGGGAGCCAGAUGGUUUUCUUAUGAUGAACUCAAAAAAUGCACAGAUAAUUUCUCCACCAGUAACGUGGUAGGAUCCGGAGGAUUUGGCAUGGUAUAUAGAGGAACACUGGUGGAUGGAAAAAUAGUUGCAAUCAAAAGAGCUCAACAAGCAUCAAUGCAGGGUGGCCUUGAGUUCAAGACUGAAAUUGAGCUGCUUUCCCGAGUUCAUCACAAGAAUCUUCUAGGCCUAUUGGGAUUUUGUUCCGAACAAGGAGAACAGAUUCUUGUUUAUGAAUUCAUGCCUAAUGGGACACUUAGGCAGAGCCUAGCUGGAAAAUCUGGUAUUUAUCUUGACUGGAAGAAAAGGCUUCGUAUAGCACUAGGGUCGGCCAGAGGACUGACAUACUUACAUGAGCUUGCUAAUCCUCCCAUAAUUCAUAGAGAUGUUAAGUCCACCAACAUUCUACUAGAUGAACGUUUAAAUGCAAAGGUUGCUGAUUUUGGCUUGUCCAAGCUUGUAUCAGACAGUGUAAAGGGACAUGUUUCUACUCAAGUCAAGGGCACAUUGGGUUAUUUGGAUCCUGAAUAUUACAUGAGUCAACAAUUGACGGAGAAAAGUGACGUAUAUAGCUUUGGAGUAGUUAUGUUGGAAUUACUAACUGCUAAGCUGCCAAUUGAAAAAGGGAAGUACAUAGUUCGUGAGGUACGUAUGUCGAUGAAUAAGAGUGAUGAAGAAUAUUAUGGUUUGAAGCAUAUAAUGGAUGCAACCAUAAUCGAUAAUACAACAAAGCUUAUCGGGUUUGGAAAGUUCUUAGAGUUGGCAAUGCAAUGUGUUGAAGAAGUAGCUGCAGACCGUCCUACAAUGGGUGAAGUGGUUAAGGCAAUUGAGAACAUGUUGCAGAAUGAUGGAACAGAUACAACCUCAACAUCAGCAUCCUCAUCUGCCACAGACUUUGGGACUUCCAAGACUGCUUCUAGACAUCCUUAUAAUGGUGCUUUACAGAAAGAGAGUGUCAACAGGGAUAGCCAAUGAAUGAAUGUGAUGAACCAAAGUAGAAAUGGUUUCCUUGAAAGAAAAGGUUGUUCUUCCUCUCCCCUCAUUUGUUUCAAGGAGUUGUAAACUUGGAGAAGUUAUUACUACUAUUUUGUGCAGUUCAACCUUUUUGUUGACAUUAAUGUGUAUAUGUAUUUGGUCACGAAUUCCUCGAAUAUUACAUUAUUUAUAAGAAAAACUUUGGAUGUCCUCUUAAUUCA